AAGUGAGAGAGAGAGACAGAAAGGGAGAGAGAGGGAAAGAGACAGACUGAGGGGGCUUUUAAAGGAUUUGACUGAUUUGUAGAAUCACAGUUGUGGAAUGUUUGGGCAUUUCCACCUUUUCCCGCGUUUUUUAUUUUACUAUAGCUCUGAAUACUUUCUACGUUAUGAUCUUAUCUUAAUCAGAAUAAUCUUUAGACUGUCGUGUGUGAAGACUGUGGCCAUUUAAAGAUGAGAGCUGAAGACUCGGAUGUUGGGGACGUUUGCUGUCGUGCUUCAAAACCAUCCAACUUCAGUUCCAGAUGGGCGCACAAUGGCAUCAGCAGCAGUCGGAGACACAGGUAGAGAAGAAAGCAUUGUGCUGUAGUAGAAGAACCAGCCACUUGCGUGGCAGCAACUAUGACAUCACAGCACCACACAUCAUCACUAUGUCAUCACCGCAGAAUCAGCGGGGCGCCCGGACAGCAUGUGGGCUCACUGGUUCACGUCAUGUGGAUACUGAUGAUGGGAUUUACUCCAGAAACCUGGGCCUCCUCAGAAACUCAACCUCAUUCCAUAAAGAUCGAGGGUGACAUCACUCUGGGAGGCCUUUUUCCGGUGCAUUCCAGGGGCCCUGCUGGUGUCCCAUGUGGGGAAAUUAAAAAGGAGAAGGGGAUCCAUCGUAUGGAGGCCAUGUUGUAUGCACUGGACCAGAUUAACAGCGACCCAGACCUGCUGCCUAACAUCACCCUGGGUGCCAGGAUACUGGACACGUGCUCCAGGGAUACGUACGCACUGGAACAGUCCCUCACCUUUGUGCAGGCCCUCAUCCAGAAGGACAACUCAGAUGUUCGAUGUUCCAAUGGGGAACCACCCAUCAUCCCAAAACCAGAGCGCGUGGUAGGGGUCAUCGGGGCUUCGGCCAGCUCAGUGUCCAUAAUGGUGGCCAAUGUUCUUCGUCUAUUUGCGAUACCUCAGAUCAGUUAUGCAUCAACAGCACCUGAGCUUAGUGACAACAAUCGCUACGACUUUUUCUCCCGAGUCGUGCCGCCUGAUUCCUUCCAAGCCCAGGCGAUGGUGGAUAUCGUCAAAGCCAUGGGGUGGAACUAUGUUUCUACUCUGGCAUCAGAGGGGAAUUAUGGAGAGAGUGGUGUAGAUGCUUUCAUCCAGAUAUCAAGGGAAGCAGGAGGUCUUUGCAUCGCACAGUCCAUUAAAAUUCCUAGGGAGCCGAGACCAGGAGAGUUUGACAAGAUCAUCAAAAGGCUAAUGGAGACAUCCAAUGCCAGAGGGGUUAUUAUCUUCGCUAAUGAAGAUGACAUCAAGCGCGUCCUGGAAGCAGCAAAAAGAGCCAAUCUUACAGGACACUUUUUGUUUGUGGGAUCUGAUAGCUGGGGAGCAAAAAACUCACCCAUUCUAAACCUGGAAGAUGUGGCUGAGGGUGCGGUUACUAUCCUCCCCAAGCGGGCAUCCAUUGAGGGGUUCGACCAGUACUUCACAACAAGAUCGCUGGAAAACAACAGGAGGAACAUCUGGUUCGCUGAGUUCUGGGAGGAUGACUUCAAAUGCAAACUGACACGGCCUGGAAUCCGAGGCGACAGCGGGCUUAGGAAAUGCACAGGAGAAGAACGAAUCAGCCGGGAUUCGGUGUACGAGCAGGAAGGAAAGGUGCAGUUUGUGAUUGACGCCGUGUACGCCAUGGCCCACGCACUCCAUAGCAUGCACAUAGACCUCUGUCCGGGUUCAAUGGGCGUCUGUGACAAAAUGGACCCGGUGGAUGGAAGAAUGCUGCUGAGUUAUAUCCGCGCAGUCAAUUUUAAUGGCAGCGCUGGGACAGGUGUGAUGUUUAAUGAAAACGGUGACGCCCCAGGACGAUACGAUAUCUUCCAGUACCAGCUUUCCAAUACCACCAACCCGGGAUAUAAAAUCAUAGGCCAGUGGACCAACCACUUACGACUCAAUGCUGAGGACAUGCAGUGGUCUGCAGGGGAUAAACUGGUUCCAGACUCGGUUUGCAGCUUCCCCUGCGAGUCUGGGGAGAGGAAGAGGAUGGUGAAGGGUGUGCCGUGCUGCUGGCACUGUGAGCUGUGUGACGGCUAUCAGUACCUCCUGGAUGAGUUUAACUGCGAUAUGUGCCCCUUUGAUAUGAGGCCCACCCCUAACCGCACAGGCUGCCGUCCCACUCCCAUCAUCAAGCUGGAGUGGAGCUCCCCGUGGGCCAUUAUUCCCGUAUUUCUGGCAGUGCUGGGCAUUCUUGCUACAUCAGGAGUCAUCAUCACCUUCAUCCGCUUCAACGACACCCCCAUAGUCCGCGCUUCGGGCCGAGAGCUCAGCUAUGUUCUCCUGACGGGCAUCUUCCUCAUCUAUCUCAUCACCUUCCUCAUGAUCGCUGAGCCGAGCACAGUGGUGUGUGCGUUUCGCAGGUUGUUUUUGGGGCUGGGCAUGUGCAUCAGUUACUCUGCCAUGCUUACCAAAACCAAUCGGAUCUACAGGAUCUUUGAGCAAGGAAAGAAGUCAGUCACACCACCAAAAUUUAUCAGCCCCACGUCCCAGCUGAUCAUCACAUUUAUUUUGAUCUCAGUGCAGCUCCUAGGUAUUUUCAUUUGGUUUGGAGUGGUUCCCCCUCACACAAAUGUUGACUUUGAUGAGCUACGUCCCCCCAACCCCGAGUACGCACGUGGAAUCCUGAAAUGUGAUAUGUCAGAUCUGUCUCUGAUUGGCUGUCUGAGCUACAGUAUGGUGCUGAUGGUCACAUGUACAGUCUACGCCAUUAAGAGCAGAGGGGUUCCUGAGACCUUCAACGAGGCCAAACCCAUCGGCUUCACCAUGUACACCACCUGCAUCAUCUGGUUGGCCUUUGUGCCCAUAUUUUUCGGCACGUCCCAAUCCACAGAAAAGAUGUUCAUUCAGACCACCACGCUGACCGUGUCCAUGAGCUUGAGCGCCACGGUGUCCCUGGGCAUGCUGUACAUCCCCAAAGUCUAUGUCAUCAUCUUCCACCCAGAGCAGAACGUUCAGAAACGCAAGCGCAGCUUCAAAGCCGUGGUCCAGGCAGCCACCGUUUCCACUCAUCUCUCACAGAAAUCCAGCGAGAAGCACAACGGAGAGACCAAAGUUGAACCAGAUAGGUCCCAAUGAAGACCAGGAGGUAAAAAAAAUUUUGUUUAGGGUGUGCAUAUGUCAUAUUCACAUAUGUAACAGAGAUAUGCUAUCUGUUUCCGCCACUGAAUUAAAAAAGAGAUUAUUGUGACUUUUUAUCUUACAAUUCUGACUUUUUUCUCACAAUUGCAAGUUAACAUCUUGCAAUUCUUACUUUUUUUUUGAAAAUUGUGAGAUAUGAACUCACAACUGCAAGUUAAAAAGUCAGAAUUUCCUAGAUAUAAACUCGCAAUUCUGAGAAAAUAAGUCAGUCGUUCUGACUUCAUUUUGCAGUCCUGACUUUUCUCAGAAUUGUGAUAUAAACAAACAGUUGCGAGUUAUGAAGUCAGUAUUGCAUGAUAUAAACCCACAAUUCUUACUUUUUUUCUGACAGGUGUGAGAUAUAACCUUGCAAAUGCAAGUUAAAAAGUCAGAAUUGUAAGAUAUAAAUUCACAGUUGAAAAUAAGUCAGAAGUUCUAACUUCAUUUCGCAGUCUUGACUUUUUUCUCAGAAUUUCUCACAGUUGUGAGAUAUGAAGUCAGUAUUGCAAUUCUUGCAAUUCUGACUGUAUAACUUGCAAUUGUGAGUUUAUAUCAUGUAAUUCUGAGAUAAAAAGUCAGAAUUGGAAGUUUAUCUCACAAUUCUGACUUUAUAACUCGCAGUUGUGAGUUUAGAUUUCACAAUUCUGACUUUUUUCUCAGAAUUAUGUGAUGUAAACUUAUAAUUGUGACUUAUGAAGUCAGAAUAGUGGGAUAUAGACUUGCAAUUCUAAGAAAUGAAGUGGCAAAUAAAGUCAGUAUUGCAAGAUACUCACAAUUCUUUUUCUCAGAAUUGUUUUCAUAUCUCAUGAUUUUUGACUGUUUUUCUCAGAAUUGUAAGUUUAUAUCUCAGAAUUCUGUAAUUGCGAGUUAUUAAGUCAGAAGUGUCAGAUAUAAACUUAAUUCUCAGAAUAUAUCAGUCUUUUUUUCUCCUCAGAAUUGGACUUUAUAUCUCAAAAUAAUUUGGAGAAAAAAAAAAAUUGUGCUAAAAAAGUCAGAAUUGCGACAUAUGUAUCAGAAAUUCUGACUUCAUUUUGCAGUCCUGACUUUUAUUCUCAGAAUUGUUGAUAUAAACUCACAGUUGCGAGUUAUGAAAUCAGUAUUGCAUGAUAUAAACUCGCAAUUCUGACUUUUUUCUCACAGUUGUUAGAUAUAAACUCGCAACUGAAAGUUAAAAAGUCAGAAUUGCAACAUAUAAACUCUGAGAAAAUAAGUCAGAAGUUCUGACUUUAUUUUGCAGUCCUGACUUUUUUCUCAGUAUUGCAUGAUAUAAACUUACAAUUCUGAGAACAUAUUAGUCUUUUUCCCUCUCAGAAUUGGAAUCUCAAAAUUCAGAAUAAAGUCAGAAAUGCGCAAAAAAAAAAAAAAAAAUCAGAAUUGUUAGAUAUAAACUUGCAUUGGCGAGAAAAAAGUCUGUUUUUAUCUUGAAAUUCUGACUUUAUUUCUUGCAAUUGAGAGUUUAUAUCCCGCUAUUCUGAGAAAUAAAGUCAGAAUUGGAAGUUUAUCUCAUUAAUCUGACUUUAUAACUUACAAUUGCAAGUUUAGAUUUUACAAUUCUUACUUUUUUCUGCAAGUUAAGUCAAAGUGUUAGAUAUAAACUCACAAUUCUGAGAACAUAUCAGUCUUUUUUCCCCCCUCAGAAUUAGACUUUAAUAAUUCAAAAUAAACCUCAAAAUAAUUCUGAGAAACAAGUAAGUCAGUAUUGCAAGAUACAAUUCUGACUUUUUUCUAAGAAUUGUGACUUUAUAUCUUGUGAUUUUGACUGUUUUUUUUUUUUUUUUCAGAAUAGCUAGUUUAUAUCUCACAAUUCUGCAAUUGUGAGUUAAGUCAAAGUGUUAGAUAUAAACUCACAAUUCUGAGAACAUAUCAGUCUUUUUUCCCCCUCAGAAUUAGACUUUAUACCUCAAAAUAAUUCUGAGAAAAAAAGAAUUGUGUGAAAAAAGUCAGAAUUGCGAGAUAUAAACCCGCAUUUGUGAGAACGUUUUUUUUAUCUUGCAAUUCUGACUUUAUUUCUCACAAUUGAGAGUUUAUAUCCUGCUAUUCUAACUUCAUAACGCGCAAUUGCAAGUUUAGAUUUCACAAUUCUGACUUUUUUCUCAGAAUUCUGUGAUAUAAACUAACAAUUGUGACUUAUAAAGUCAGAGGAGCGGGAUAUAACCUUGCAAUUCUAAUAAAUUAAGUCGCAAAUAAAUUCAGUAUUGCAAGAUACUCACAAUUUUGACUUUUUUUCUCAGAAUUGUGACUUUAUAUCUCACGAUUUUGACUGUUUUUCCCCAGAAUUGCGAGUUUAUCUCACAAUUCUGCAAAUGCUAGUUUUUAGGUUAGAAGUGUUAGAUAUAAACUCACAAUUCUGAGAACAUAUCAGUCUUUUCCCCCCUUAGAUUUGGACUUUAUAUCUCACAAUAAUUCUGAGGAAAAAAAGAAUUGUGCAAAAAAAGUCAGAAUUGUGAGAUAUAAACUUGCAAUUCUGAGAAAAUAGGUCAGAGGUUCUGACUUCAUUUUGCUCUUAGAAUUGGGAUUUAUAUCUCAAAAUUCAGAGAAAAAAGUCAGAAUUGUGCAAACUGACUUUAUUUCUCGUGACUGUGAGUUUAUAUCUCGCUAUUCUGACUAUAACUUGCAAUUGUGAAUUUAUAUCAUGCAGUUCUGAGAAAAAAAGUCAGAAUUGGAAGUUUAUCUCACAAUUGUGCGAUAUAAACUUACAACUGUGACUUAUUAAGUCAGAGUAGUGGGAUAUAAACUCACAAUUCUAAAAAAUGAAGAUGCGAACAAAUUCAGUAUUGCAAGAUACUCACAAUUCUGACUUUUUUUCUCAGAAUUGCGACUUUAUAUAUCAUGAUUUUUACUGUUUUUCUCAAAAUUGUAAGUUUAUAUCUCACAAUUCUGUAGUUGCAGUGUUAGAUAAAAACUUACAAUUCUGAGAACAUAUCAGUCUUUUUUCCCCUCAAAAUUGGACUGUAUAUCUCCAAAUAAUUCUGAGAAAAAAAUAAUUGUGCGAAAAAGUCAGAAUAGCAAGAUAUAAACUCGCAUUUGUCCGAAAAAAAGUCUGAAUUGUGAGUAUCUUGCAAUACUGAAUUUGUUUGCAUCUUCAUUUUUUGCGAUUCUGACUUUUUUUUCCACAAUUAGGAGUUUAUAUUCCACUAUUCUGCCUUUAUAACUUGCAAUUUUGAGAAAAAAAGUUGGGGAGUUUAUACCUCACAAUUCUAACUUUAUCUCACAAGAAAGAGAAGUCAGAAUUGUGAGAUAAUUGUGGUGGAAACGGGCUUCCAUACUAUUUGUGUUCAGGCCUGUGUACAUCCUAAUGAAGUAGUCUGAGAAAUAGUGAAGGCAAUCUGCUGCUUGCUAAAUCAUUUAUUUUGCAACCUCUAAUGGACAAGGAUUUCCAGAGCAUGUGUUAUUAUUUCUAAUAUCUGCAACAAUACAAGAGUCUGGGUGAGAAAAACACUUAUGUAAUGUACUGUAUAAAUGAAUAGAAUAUGAUAUGUACAGAAAUUAAAGGAUCAAUUGAUUCUUUGUGAUGUGGAACUCUCACAUCAGCUUUGAGUCUGGAAGAAUUUGUCCCCUUUAAUAUUAUCCUUAUCACCACAGCAUCACCAGUUAAGUUGAAAUUAUAGCUUCAUAAGCUCAUGACGAAGAAGAGCGGAGAAAAACAUUAGGAAUUUUCUUCCACCAGCAUUUCUUGAAGGACUAAGUGUUUGUAUGUGUCCAAAUGGAUUCGGACCUUAAACUUGGGCACACAUGAGUGAGUCACGUUCAGUUUCAGUGUCAUCUCCAUCCACAUCUCCUUACCCUAAAUACAUAUCAUAAAAGAUCAACUGAGACUGUCAGAGCUACAGAGACAAUGUUGGGAUCAAACGUGUUUCAACAGAUCAACCAGUGGAGUGAACACUCUUGAACUCUUUGCUUUUAAAAAUGUGCCAUAACUUUGUUUCAGAAUAAAUGUUUUAAGUGUCUUGUGUGCAGUCCUCAUAAUAGGCAAUAUCCUGUAUUCUUAAUCAUAUUUAUUAAAAACGAUAGAUUACCAAGAAAAAGCAAUGACAAUCUGUAAAGAAACAACGAUUUUUAGUUGUAUCAUGUUUCCUUGAGCUUCCCAAGUGAUACUGAUUUUAAACAAAAAUGUAUUCUAUUAAUCAGUAUUUAUUGAUUUUAAUUCAUUGAAAUUAAAAUUGUACAUUUUAGAAACUUUGAGAUCCUUUUAAUGUCACAUGCAGCUGGCUUUCACUUUAUCUUAGUAAAGGAGGGGGGAAAGAAGACCAUGCAUUAUUGUUCAAUUACUUGUAUUUGCAGUAUUAAUUCAAGAAACAUUUAAUAUUAAAUGAUGACCAUGCAGUUACUGUAAACUCAGGUUCCAAAUAGGCUUACUUAGCCUUAAUGAAUUCUGUGGGUGUCUUGUUUUCAUCAAACAAAUAUAAAAGAACACUGGAAUAAAAAUGUAUUGAUUGAAUGCAUGUUGGAAAAAAUGAUUUAAUAAAAUCUUGAAAAAAGUGAAAUCAGAUUUUACUCAGAAAUCAGUAUGAUUGUGAGAGUUCCUUGUUCUAAUAGUGUUUUAGAACAAAAUUACAUACAAGGUUCAUUUAUUCUGGGGAUUUGUAUCUUUUGUUUGUUCCA